AUGUUAUUGUCAACAUUAUUCCAAACCCAACAACUAAAUUUAAAUAAUAUUCAAUUUCGAAAUGUUACAAAACUUCGACUUGGAGAUACGUAUAAUCGUAAUCUUUCACCUCUUGAAGGCUUUAGAGAUGAAUAUAAAACACUUGCCAAAAUAUAUGCUCAUAUUAUUUCAAUGUGUACUCAACUUAAAUAUCUUUCUGUCUCAAAAUUUGAAUGGUUAUUAUAUAUUAUUGAAUAUGCAUUUGAUGAUUUGCGAAAGGAUGCAUUAAGUGCUGUUCAAUAUGCUGAGUUUGGUAUUACAAGUUGUAAUUUUGGUUAUAAUGAAUCCGUUCAUGUUGGUAAACAUCUUGUAUCGAUUCUUGGUACUUUUAUGCCUCAUUUAAAAACAUUAUGUCUUUGGAGGUUGGAUGAUUUUCCAUGGACAUCAAUUCGACCAGAUAUUCCCUCAAGAAGAUAUGGGAUUUUAAUUCCACGAUGGCAAAAAACUUUACGAACAUCUGAAUCAAUUCUUCAACAUGUACGUGCUUUGGAAGAAGAUCUUUGUGAGUUAGUUGAACAAUUAAAAGGGUUGGUCUACUUAAAUAUUUAUGGUAAAACUUCAUACAAAAAAGUUGAACUAUAUCGUUUAAUGGUUCAAAAUCGUUUUCCAAACAGUCAUAGUGAUAUUCAAACAUCAAGAUUUCGUCUUUGGAUAUGA